AUGUCUUCCAUCUACAAGACGGCAGCAGCAGUUUGCCUUGCUCUGUGUGGGCUCCAAGCCGAGGCGAACACGACUAGAAAAUACAAAUUUAAAGUUGUGGAUGUAGGCGAAGAUGCCUACUUGGCUGCUAACCUGGCCCGCAAUGGAAAACUCCCAGUUCACAUCAGUGAAGUUACAAAGGAAGACACCCUUAUCACUACCUUGAAGGGAAAAGUAGCAGGCGAAGAUAUUGCCACUGCCGACAAUUGCACUGCAUUGAUAACCUCCGAACUGAAGAAGAACUUCCACUACUCUUUCGAAUACGAAUCUACCUCCGAGGCCAGUCCAGACUACCGUCAAUUGCUGCAGAAAGCCCUUGACGAGGGAUUGACACUCUUCGACAAAAAAUACCCCCAGUCCCAAGAAGCGUGGGAAAAGAUUUGGAAUGAAGAUGAGGGGGCCAGCCUGGCAUAUCUCCUCGGGUCUAACAGCACUACAAUCGGGUGCGUCAUUGGAAGGUGUACCCAAGUAAAAACUUCAAGUGACACGUCACUACUUCAAGGGGGAGGUGGUGGUUCAGGAGAACCGGAAGAAACUUUACAAAAUGAUGCUGUACUUUUCUGUCAACUCGAACCUGCGGCGGUGAAGGACUCGGCCCCCUUUGAUGAGGAGUAUUUCAACGGACUUAUAGAACGAACAACUGAAUUAAAAGAUAUGACAGAAGACGACCUGAAGAAUUCGGUUGGAAAUGGCCCUGUAGCAACUGCCUCUACCAUUAUAAUUGCCGGUUUGGUUGCUAUGCUGACAACCGUCUCUGCCUAG